CUUGUCAGCGUCAAUCAGCUAAAUAUCACUUGUCAGUUUUGUUGAUAUUAAUUUUUAAAUCCUGCAAAGUAAUCAAGUUCCAAGUUUUCAAGACAAUUAAAAGGUGAUUGAGUGAUCAUUUACGCUUUGCCGCAUUCAAUUGAUCUUCAACUGGAAACAUGGCUGAUGGCAGAGUUGAUCCACCCCCUCUUUUUGAAAGCGUUGAUAUUUCGAACGAGAAUAAUGAUCUUUUUGUAUCAGCCAGGGAGGAUCCUAUUGAUGAAAGUAUAAGAAAAAUAACAAACGGCACUAGAGAACCCGUUGAUAUAUCAAAACUAAAUAUUUCGGAAUCUAGAAGCGAAAUGGAAUCUGUGCCAAUUAGUUCUGAACCUGUAUUAUCACCGUCUGAACGGGCUGAACUUCAAAGUGGAGAUGAAUUCAUAGAAAUCAGUAUAGGAAAUUCUCAAAAGAUUGGCGAAGGAAUGAGCGCUUACGUCGCCUAUCGAAUCACUACCAAAACCAAUAUGCGUAUUUUUAAGCACAGGGAAUUUUCCGUUGUGAGAAGGUUCAGUGACUUUUUGGGCCUUCACGAUAAGCUUAUAGACAAGUACUUGAAACUUGGAAGAAUUAUUCCCCCAGCACCCGAAAAAAGCGUUAUUGGAAUGACGAAAAUAAAAAUGGGGAGUAGUACCGAAACUGCUCAAAAUAAUGGUAGUGAGUUUGUUGAACGGAGGAGAGCUGCUUUGGAAAGGUAUUUGCGACGGACCGCACAACAUCCUGUUCUCAUCUUAGAUCCAGAUUUUAGGGAAUUUCUGGAAUCCGACAUAGAGCUUCCCAAGGCAACAAGUACAUCAGCUCUGAGCAGUGCAGGUGUGAUGCGAUUAUUUAACAAAGUAGGUGAAACUGUUAAUAAAAUCACGUAUAAGAUGGAUGAAACGGAUCCGUGGUUUGAAGAAAAGCUCUCUCAUAUUGAAGGGCUGGAGGUUCAGCUGCGAAAACUGCAUAGUAACGUUGAGGCUAUGGUUACCUAUAGAAGAGAAUUAUCAAACCUGACUAAUGGAGUGUCUAGAUCUGCGGCAAUGCUAAGUUCCUGCGAAGAUCACACCUCUUUGUCUAGAGCUCUGACUUUUCUUGCCGACACUGAAGAAAGGGUGGAAGCUCUUCAUAUAGAACAAGCUAAUACUGAUUUCUACAUUCUUUGUGAAUUGCUAAAAGAUUAUAUUGGUCUUUUGGGUGCUGUCAGGGAUGCCUUCCAUGAACGUACUAAGCUUUUUCAGCACUGGCAACAUUCCCAACAGAUGCUAGCCAAAAAGAGGGAGGCAAAAGCUAAAUUUGGUCUUCAGAACCGAACGGAUAAAGCUGACCAAGCCAGUAUAGAAGUUGUUGAGUGGGAAUCGAAAGUGGAACGAGGACAAGAAAGUUUCGAUAAAAUAUCUAGAAUGAUCAAGGAGGAAAUGGGCAGAUUUGAAAAAUCUAGAAUACAUGAUUUCAAAAUAAUGUUCAUCGAGUAUUUAGAAAAUCAUUUAAAGCAUCAAGCUCAGCUUGUACAAUAUUGGGAAAAAUUCCUUCCAGAAGCUAAGGCGAUUGCCUGACUAGAGGAUAUCUGUAAAGAAUAGCAACAUCUACAUUCCUAUUGGCGCUUUCCUGAAAUAUGAGAGGUUUUAUUUCGAAUUAGGUAUGUGAUUGCUUAAUUUGAUAACUGUCUUUAAUUACUGUUUCUUUAGAAAGAAAAACAGUGAUAUGCUUAAUACUGUCGGUUUUUGACUAUUGAUUUAUGCUAUAUUUAAAAAAAACUCAAGGUUCAAUUUCAAACAGUUAAUCUCUUGUUGUAAUAGUAUUCUAUUUUUACGAAAUAUUGUAAUGGGAUAAUGCUUAAACCAGUAGUUCAAGUUAAUUGUUGAAGAAUCUUUCUCUGCGUUUUUAUUCCCGAAGCAGUACUAGUAUCAAUCAAAAUGUUAAAAUAUGUACCUUACUGUUAUAUGCUUUCUCAUGUUAAGCGAGUUCCUUCAUUUUUUUCAAGAUUUAUUUUAUAUUAUAUUCAUAUAACCAAAUAAGUAUGUACAGUGUGCAUGCAAAACAUCCGUUUAUCAUUGCAAUUUCAUAUUGUUUGAAAAUAAUUAAUUGUUUUACUGUUGUAAAACAUACAUUGCAUUUCAAAGUUUAUUUUCUGCAUUAAUUAAUUAAUUUUGUACAUAGACCAAAAUCUGCUCAUAAAUCAGCGACGUUUCUACCAUCUACUAUAAAUUUAAAAACGUAAAAACCUUUAGUCGUAAUGUAAUUACAUGAUUACAUAAUACAUUAGCCGAAGCUAAGGUGAAUUGAAAAUAGUGUAAGUAAUAAGUUUUCUAAAAAGUAAUUUUAUACUAGCAGGUUCUUCUUUUAGAAAAAAAUCUUUUUAGAAAAAAAAUGCUAUUAAAUAUAAAGUACUAGAAAAACUUUAAAUUUGAGUGUCAAGACUAUAUAUUAAUAGUUUAUGAACAUAAUUCUGCUUUUCCUUUCGCUCAAGUGUGCAUUUCCUGAAUAUAGAAAAACUAGACUUGUAUUUAUUCUAAUAUAUCAGUGCAAAAUAGAAUUUUAUACGCGUAUUGGUGUGCUGAAACUGUACUAGAAGUAAUCUACUAGUUAGGACCUAUAGGGAUUUACUGAAACUUAAAUAAACAAUCAGAAGGCUUAUUGUUUCCAUAUAUUUAUGAAGAUUUACAUAAAUACUAUACUCUUAGA